AUGAAGCCCGAAGGAUGGCUCCUCAGGCUCUCUCGUCUCUUGCAGAACUUCGAAACGGCCGUGCGGGAGAACGUCACCGUCGAUGGGCAGCCCUGGGGGGAGAUUUCGGGCGACUCCGAGCAGCAGGGGGGUUCCAGCAUUAAAAUUCUUGAAGAUGAAUUUGAUGACCUAAUAGUAGAGACAGCAACAAAGCGUAAGCAGUGGCCUAAAAAGAUAUUGAUGCAUUGUAUCCAAACCAUGAAAGCAGAGCAAGAUAUGUUGAAGCUGUACCAUCCAGUUGUAACACCAGAAGAGAUAAGGCGACAGCCUUCUCAAGAUGCUUACAUGACGGAUCUGAAGCAGCUGACAGAAUUGGCAUCCAAACAGAUCAGUGGAGCAAUGAAGUCUCUCCCAGUGCUAACAGAAAGAGCAGAAGGUUUCUCCCAAGCUUUAACGUGGCAACCAGUCUUGGAACUGUGCAAGCUGCGGCAAGAAGUCUUUGCUGGUUGCAAGGUGAAGGAGGAAAACCAUGUCCAAAAUUUCAUAUCACCAGGAGAAGUCACACCAACAGACGCUGAUACAAGUAAAAAUUCUUAUGUUUUGCUAAAAAGAAAAAAACCUGUGGGGUCACCGGAAAGAAGAUGCUACCCACUCCGACGGAGGAAAAUUACUCUCAGCGCUUGA